CCGCCCCGUCCGUAGCCGCUGUGGCUCGAGCAGGCGGAACCGGGGCGUAGCUCCUUCUCCGCGGGCGCGCCGCCGGAGUGCGUGCUCUGAUGCAGCAGCUCGGCCCGCCGCCGUGGGGCUCGCUGCACGCUUCCGCCGCGGGCCGAGAGGCACCAGGCGGCGUGCUCUUGCGCGUCAAGCGGCGGCGCAGCGCAGAGGCGCUGCCGGAGAUCGUCGCGGAGGUGCCCGACGAGCACGGCGCGGGGCCCACGAAGAGGCCUCGGACGGGCGCUGCUUCCACCACCACCCUGCGAUUGAUCGACUCCGUGGAGCCAGACCAGUGGUCCUUCGAGCUCGGGCUCCCGGCCAGUUGGCUGCAGUGGGCGUCUGGCGGCCGCGCCGCGCCGGAGGUGGAGCUGCCGUGGCCGCCGGGCGAGCCGCCCCCGGCCGGCGCCAGCCUGGUCUGCCAGAACUCGGCGCGACGGGCUGGCGCCGGCGCGGCGCUGCAGGAGGUGGGGCGGCGGCUGGUGGCCGGCGGCGCGGCGGGCGCCCCGCUGCAGCUGGUGGACGUGGAGAUGGCGCGGCAGGCCGUGCCCGCGCCUCCGCCAGCCUUCACCGUGGGAGGCCUCCCCCUCCUGGCUGAAGCCGUGGACGGCCCGCCCGCCGCCGCCGCGAGCGCGGAGCCGCCGGGCGGGAGCGACGAGGACUUCCUCUGGGACGUCUACGCGCCCAGCGACGCGCAGCCCGAGGGCCUCGGGGGGGCCUUCGGCAGAGGCCCCGGGGCGCGCGUGCUGCUGGCGGCGCCCCUCCAGGGCGACGAGGACCUGGAGGACCUGGAGGACAUCGACGACUCGCAGUCCUCCUCCGGCGCGGGCGGGCUGUGCAGCGGAGCGAGCUCCGACGCAGGCCCCGAGGACGCCCGCGGCGGCUGCCAGUGGGUGAACGUCCUCGACUGAGGGAGGGCGCGGCUCGCGCGCCCUCGCGCCGCGGGGUGGGGAGGCGUGCCGAGGUGCCGCGGCAGCGCGCGAGGCCCUGGCGGCGUCUCUUGGAGGCCGAACGGCGCUCUCGCUCGGGCGCCGGCCAGGACUACCUUUAAUGAAGUCGGGCGGGUCCGUCUACAGGAG